AUGGGUCCACAUGGAGUAUAUUUCAAGACAAUUUUCGCAGUUCGCCCGCCCGUCAGCAACGUUACAGCAGUGGUGUCCGGCGCCUGCUGUUCCAUCGAGGAAAAUUCUCUAACGAGGGAACGCUCCAUUAAGAAACCAUCUACUCAGACUACGGCGUUCUAUAUAAAUGACAAAACGACUUCCUCUGGAAGAAUUGGGCGCACUUUAUCUACGACCAUGCUGGCUGCAGUGUUCCUUGUGGUGUUCCUGGCGUCAGCGAUAGCUGAUCCUGAACCUCACGACCAGUACGGCGGCUACCAGGGUGGUUACGAUGGCACCUAUGGAGGUGGUUAUGAUGGCAGCUAUGGCGGUGGUUAUGAUGGCAGCUAUGGGGGUGGUUAUGACGGCAGCUAUGGCGGUGGUCAAGGGGGCAGCUAUGAUGGCUACGCUGGUAGAGGCGACCACGUAAUUUACUAG